UUCCGGUUGAAGGGUUUUCACGGCGCGCUGCAGAUGAGAAGGAAUCGUCGCACUGUGACUUCCGGUUAUGAAUCUUCGGCUCUUCCUGGUCGCCGCUCUGCUCUCUUGCUGGCCAGGAGACGCCUCGGUUCAUGGUCCACCAGAGACGGUCCUGGCUUUGGCGGGCGGGUAUGUAACUCUGCCCUGCAGCAGCAGCAUCAAGGCCAGCGAUGACUUCCCGACAGUGGAGUGGUCUAAGGAAGGCCUGCAUCCAAAUGUGGUCUUCUUGUACCGCAAUGGCUGCGAGACGCCCGAGAUGAAGAACCCGGCCUUCCGGUACCGGACGAGCCUCAUCGUGAAGGAACUGAACAACGGAAACCUCUCGCUGAGGAUCUCCAACGUGCAGCUGUCCGAUGCCGGGAGCUACCGGUGCAUGAGGCUCUGGAGGACGGCCCCCCGGGAAAUCACAACGGUGGAGCUGGUUGUGGGUGCCGUGACCGAGCCCAAGCUGUCCGUUUGGCCGACCAAGGGAGGAGGCGUGACCCUGCAGUGCUCCGCCCACUGCUGGCUGCCGGAGCCCGAGGUCUCCUUCCUGGACGAGCAGGGCAACGACAUCGGAGGAGACGAGCCCAAGAGAGACAAAGAGGCCCGCGGGUGUUUCUCCGUGAGACGCAGAGCGACGUUUCGGGACGCCGGCGAGAGGGUCACCUGCAGAGUUCACCAGAGGGAUAUCAACCAGACCAGGGAGGUGGAGGUUCUCCUGCCAGUCGUGAGGAGGAAGUCGUGCGUCCUGACCGCCGGCGUCGCCGUGGGGACCACUCUGCUUCUCGUGGCCGCGGGCGGAAUCAUCGUUGUUCUGCGGAAGAGGUUCAGAAAAUCUGCGGAGGCACCGAGCUCCCCGUCGUCGUCCAAUCACAGCGCGGCGAGCGGCUCCUCUGAGGCCCGGCAGCUGCUGGUGAGCAUUAGGGUCGGCGGCGAAGACGAGCGACCCGCCGCCAUCGAGGUUCUGAGGGCGGAGCUGGAGGAGCUGAGGCUGAAGCUCGGCCAGAGAGAAGACGCCAUCCUCCGGACGGACCGCGAGGCGCCGCGCGUCGUCCACGGCGACGCGUCGGCGUCCCUUCCUGCGGCCGCUGCCAGAAACGCCACGGGCAGGAGGCGGAGCUUCGUGCGCCAGAGCAGCAAUCCGGUCCGCGGCCCCUCCCCCGCCCACAGAGCCAAUCGCAGACACAGCGAACCGGCUCCUCUGCCGCGGCCGUCCGGUUCCCGCGGCCGCCGCUCGUCGGGCGCCCUCGCGCCCGGGCCGGGCGCCAGGCUCCCGUGGUCACGUUCCUCCGCCGGGUUUCCGGCGAUGGCGAAUAAUCCGUACUCUCAUCUGGGAAAUGUGGCGGAGGACUCCGAGAUGUUGAUCGCAUGAGGGAAGAACACAUAAUAUAAAUAUACACUACCGUUCAAAAGUUUGGGAUCACUUAGAAAUGCCUUUAUUUUUCAAAGAAAAGCACUGUUUUUUUAAUCAAGAUAACAUUAAAUUAAUCAUAAAUACCCUCUCUACAUUGUUAAUGUGGUAAAUGAGUCUUCUAGGUGGAAACGUCUGGUUUCUAAUGACAUGUCUCCAGAGGUGUAUAGAGGCCCAUUUCAUCAUCACUCCAGUGUUCUGAUGGUACAUUGUGUUAUCGCCUUAGAAGACUAAUGUCUGAUUAGAAAACCCAUGCAAUUAUGUUAGCACAGCUGAAAACAGUUAUGCUAGUGAUGUAAGAUAUACAACUGGCCUUCCUUUGAGCUUGAAGUUUGUAGAACAAAAUUAAUAUUUCAAAUAUUAAUCAUUAUUUCUAACCUUGUCAAUGUCUUGACUAUAUUUUAUAUUCAUUUGAUAAAUAAAAGUGUGAUUUUUCAUGGAAGACACGAAAUUGUCUGGGUGAUCCCAAACUUUUGAACGGUAGUGUAUACCCACCACAGGACAUAUAUAUUAUUAUCAUGAAACCUAUUUGUUGAUGAACUGAGUAUAAGGCGUCGUCACGGGGAUGGUAAUAGUUUUAAUUGUUCUCAUGGCUCAAGGGCACAGGUGUCAAACACGAGGCCCGAGGCCCGAAUGCGCCCCACCGCGUCAUUUUAUGCGGCCCCUGACGGCUUGAAAGACACAUGAUCGCCUUUAUAUCCUGUGCUUUUAUUUUGAAGGUUAUACAAAUUAAAUGGAUUUAUGUUAUAAUAUUAGAGAAAUAAUAAUGCAUUUCAUGUUAUUGUGAAAUGUUUUUGUUUACAAUAUUUCUACUCUCGAAUAAACAAUAAUCAAAUGCAAAGAUAGUUAUUUAACUCUAUGUUCGGGAGUGGUUUACACAGCGCUUCAGGUACACCGGCCCUUUAAGAGGCGGCCAUGAUUGACUGCUCUACGGCUCUUCUUCACACUGCAGGACAAACACAGGACUUUCACCCAGGAGAAGGUGUUCAUGCCGGCGUCUCUUUGCUUACGCAACCCUCUGGGUUGCCAUGGCGACCGGCCACCUGCUCCUCUCGCUCUGUUUUCAUCAAUAAAUGUCAGAUAAAUAUA